UCUAUUCAGAAGUGAAUUUGCUCUGAAUUUCAACAAGAUGUCGAAUGAAUCUAGACUCGACUUUCCAGUACUUGACUCAACAGGCUCGGAAUACCAUGAUUGAGUAACCGACGUUGAGAACCAUCUCACUGCGAGAAGGAUAUUGCCCAUAAUACAGGCACCUGACCAGGGCCUUGUGUUCCAACGAACACCCACAAAGAAUGCUCAAGAAAUUAUCUUGAUGUGACGCCAUAUGGAUAAAUCUCUCAUAUUAGAGUACAUGUCGAUCAAGGAUGCAAGAGAUCUAUGGGUAGUGCUAGAAGAGCGCUUUGGCAAUACCAUGGGCCGCCGAGGUAGCACCAUGGGUCGUGGAGGUGGCACCAUGAGACAUGGUAGUAACAGCAACCCUCCUAGGGAAUAUCCACAACGUGCACAACCUGCACCUCAAAUGAAGGGAGAUAACCACAAUGACAUGUGUCAUCGAUAUGGAUCAAUUGAGCGUUGGUUCAAGCAAUGCCAUGCAAGUACCCAACUAGCUGAAAGCUACAAGGAGUAUAGGCAAUUGAAAGAGCAAGAAACCAAUCUUGCUGAAGAUGAAGAUAUAAAUCUUGCUGAAGAUGAAGAUAUUAAUCUUGCUGAAGAUGAAGAUGGUGAAGAUAUCAUUCUCACCAUUGAGGACUUUAAAGCUGCAGAUAAAGAGCACGAGGAUGCCGCAGACUUUAAUUAGAAUAGUCCUUUCUAUUUUCCAAGAACGGCAAAUGUGCCUUAGUCAAAUGACAAUUGUAUUAAAACUCUUUCUCAUGUGGAGCA